CCAUACAUUUGUACUUUGUAUCCCAGGCCGGCUAAUUAUUGGAUCCUCUCACUUUACCGCCGCCGCCGCCGUCCAACCCGCCGGAAAGAGCAGCCCCCUUAAUCUUAGCCCUCAGUAGCAGGUGCUAAACCUUGGUUGAUGGAAUCAUAAACAUCAUUUCAUUUGCUACAACAUUUCAAUGGCAAAGCCUCUUAGGAAGCUCGUGUCUUGUGUUAUCCUUGACUUGGAUGGUACACUUCUUAACACAGAUGGCAUGGUGAAUGAAGUCUUGAAAGUUUACUUGGUUAAGUAUGGAAAACAUUGGGAUGGACGAGGAGUGGAUAAACUUAUUGGAAAAACACCCUAUGAAGCUGCAGCAGUUAUUGUCGAGGAUUAUGAACUCCCCAUUACAACAGAUGAACUUCUGUCUGAAAGUGCUCCAUUAUUUGCUGACAAGUGGUGCAAUAUCAAAGCACUGCCUGGUGCUAACAGGUUAAUUAGCCAUUUGAGAGGACAUGGUAUUCCUAUGGCCUUGGCCUCGAAUUCUUCAAGGAAAAAUAUCGAGACCAAGAUAUCUUCCCACAAGGGUUGGAAAGAAUCAUUCUCCAUUAUUGUCGGUGGUGAUGAAGUCACUGCUGGAAAGCCAUCUCCCGACAUUUAUAUCGAAGCUGCAAAGAGGCUUAAGAUGGAUGUUUCGAGCUGUCUCGUCAUUGAAGAUUCAUUGCCAGGUGUGACUGCCGGUAAGGCCGCCGGAAUGGAAGUUGUUGCUGUCCCAUCUUUACCCAAGCAAUCCCACCUUUUCACGUUAGCGGAUGAAGUGAUAAACUCCUUACUGGAUUUUCGACCUGAAAAGUGGGGCCUACCCGCAUUCGAUGACUGGAUAGAAGGUACGUUACCAAUAGAACCUUGGCACAUUAGUGGCCCUGUCGUGAAAGGUUUUGGCCGUGGCUCGAAGGUUUUAGGAAUCCCAACAGCUAAUUUGUCGACUGAGGGAUUCUUUGAUCUCCUUUCCGAACAUCCUUCUGGAGUUUAUUUUGGGUGGGCCGGACUAUCGGAACACGGAAUUUAUAAGAUGGUGAUGAGCAUAGGUUGGAACCCGUACUUCAACAACUCGGAGAAGACAAUCGAGCCAUGGUUGCUUCAUGAUUUUGACGAAGACUUUUACGGUGAGGACUUGCGUCUCGUUAUUGUUGGCUAUAUACGGCCGGAGGCCAACUUUACAUCACUCGAGGGACUGAUAGCAAAAAUCCACGAAGACAGGAAAAUUGCCGAGAAUGCCCUUGAAAUGCCUCUGUAUUUGAAGCACAAGGAUGAUCCUUAUUUGAAUACAUCCUUGCAGCAGAAGAGCUAAUUAGGUGUUAGAUUUGUCAGAAUAAUUUUUGGAGUCGUAUCGUGGCUCGAUUGAUUCAAAUGGUUGUGGAAUAGGAGCAUUCUAUCUCAAACACAGAUAAAUUCCAUUUAUAUGUGAAAUAAGAAACUAAGAAAGUGGAUUGUUUCAUCAUAUUCUGUAAAGAAUCAAUUGAGAUACCAUCAUACCAAUCCUUGCUUCUUAGUAAUGGUGUGGGAGAUUGUGGGGAGUUCGAUUCAGUUUGCUAAAAUUGUGUGCCAAGUGCUGGUGUUUUUUUCCUUAAGGGGUGAUUGGUAUUUUUGAUUCAAGUAUGACUUUUUUUAAUAUGGUGUCUUAUAAAUGCU